AUGGCCCUAGAGGGCCAGGGGCAGGUUGUGAGUGUUUUGUUUUGUUUUGUUUUGUUUCUCCAAAUGUGUACUAAGCACUCAUCCACAUGUGAAGCAUUGUUUAAUAACAUGAUAUGUGUCAACUCAUUCAAUCCUUACAGCAACGGAAUGAGGUAGGUAUUAUUAUUAAAGUCACCCCUUGGUAUCCGCAGGGGACUGGUUCCAGGACCUACCCACUCCCUAAACCAAAAUCCAAGGAUGCUCAAGUCCCUUAUAGAAAAUGACAUAGAAUUUGCAUAUACCCUGCACACAUCCUCCCAUAUACUUCAAGUUAUACUUUUAAGUCAUCUCUAGAUUACUUACAUCUAAUACAAUGUGAAUAGUUGUAAAUACAAUGUAAAUGCUAUGUAACUAGUUGCUGGCAAGCAGCAAACUCAAGUUUUGCUUUUUGGAACUUUCUGGAUUUUUUUUUUUUUGAUCUGUGUUUGGUUGAAUCUGCCACAGAUGCAGAACCUGUGGAUACAGAGGACCAACUGUAUCCCUAUCUUGAUAAGGAGACUGAGGUACAGGGAGGCUAAGUAACUUGCCUAAGAUCACACAGCUCGUUUUGGGGAGGGGGUUAGGGAGCCCUCAGGACUUGAAUCCAUCAGGGCCAUCUGGCUUCAGUAUCUGUACUCUUAAUUGGAGCCACAGCUGCCUCUGGGUUGGGGUCAGGGUUCCUGAACAGUCUGGGCUGUCCCAAGUUAGAAGCCAGGAAGGGAAAAAGGGUUCACCAAGUGUUCUUCCCUCCUAAUUGAGUCUUCCAGCACCUAUGAGGUGUAACUCUGUUUCCCGGGAAGGUGACAGAGAGGCAUUGAGAUUUGCUGCUGUCAUACCUAGCAGGAAGCAGCCUUGGCCCCUCGAUACAGCCCUGCACACCCUGCCUCUGAAGCAACGUAGCGGGGAAGGUAUGCAAAACCCAGUUGGACCUAGGCCUGGGAGAGAGGCAGGGAAGCAGAAAUGAAAAGUGAGAACUGGGAGGGCCCUUCACCUGUUCCUGGGGGACAGCUUCCAUGCUGGGAGCAAGUUUACUCUGCCAGGCUUCAGUCUAAGCAUCUUUAUGUUCAACAAUUCUGAGUUUUUCAGAUAAGGCACAGGCAGAUUAGCUGUCCAAGGUCACUCAAGUAGUCAGUGGGGGACCUGGGAUUUGAACCCAGUCUGGGCAUGGCAGAGGCUCAGGGAGAGGUGGUGAAGAGCCCAGGGUCACAGCCACAGCCCCAGAGCUAGGAACUGCUGGCUCCCUUCCAGCCCAAGAAAAGCAAUGACACCUGAGUCGUAGCAAGUUGGGGGUGGAGCAGAGGUGGAGCUAGGAAGACCCAGGUGGCUUCUCCAGGAACCAGAGCACAGGCGGCAGAGUGCCCUGGAGCAGCAUGAAGCAGAGCUGGGGACCAGGGCUGCUCAUCCUGGGAAUGGUGGUCCUCGUAGAGGGUGAGUCACCCGUAUCUGGGUGGGUGGGAAGUGGUAUGGGGUUCACAAGCCAUCCUCUGCCCCAGCAGCCCCUGCAGGUGUGUGAAGGGAGCCUGCCUGUGGGGUCACAGUUUGGCACAUAACUGUGUCUGGCUGUGCAUGGGGAGGUGUAUAUGGCCACCUGUGUCCAAAGGGGUGUGACUUCCUUGAGCUGGAUUACAGUCUACAUGUUGUGCGGGAACUGUCAUUACGCCUGUGUGCACCCUGUGCCCCCGUCUACCUCUCUACUUCCAGAAUGGCGUUAGGCAAGUUCUGGGGCCCUUUGGCCUCAGUCUCCCUGUCUUUACCUACUACCCACCUCUCCUGGCUCAGAUGUUCAAUGGGCAUGUUUGUGUGUGUCUGUGAUGGGGAAGAGGCAGGGCAGGGAACCCUUUGGUAGAGUCUCUGGCAGAUUCUGGAAAGGUGGGGGAGUCUGAGUUGUCAGAACACGGGUGCGGUGAGUCUCAAUCUCUCGGCGCCCUCCCCAGCUUGGACAUGACGCAGGCCUCUAAUCCUUCCUCUUAGGCCUCCACAGCCAAGGGCACAAUUAAGCUAAUGCUCUCCACAUGCACGGGCUGCCUCCCUGACUCAGCAGCGGGGGCAGGAGUUGGGGGUUCUGAAGCCUGAAGGAGGGCUGGCCUUGCCCCAAGAUGAACCCCAGGCCCUGCCCCUCGGGCCCAAGAGUGCUGAGCACAGCGAAGAGAGAACUAAUUACUGAGUGUACACUCUGAAUAGGUUCCAAUAAAAACUGUUUCUUGAUCUCAUAUAAAUAUUUUCAUUCUGGGAGGGGCUGGUGAGGUAGCCCCAGAGUCAUAGGCAAGGACCCAGGCAAGUCCCCCAAACCUGUCCCCUCCACCAAGGCUGGGUCAGGCAGGUAAGGCUCCCUCCCCCAAGUCUCACCUGUGUCGCUCUCUCCCCAGGUCUUCUAGCAGCUCAGCGUGGUAAGCUCUGGGGCCAUGGGGCCUGGGUCAUACUCGGGUCUGGGUUGGGCCUGGGGUGAGGGCAGAACAGGGGCCUGCUGUCAACCUGACCUACACCUGUCCACAGCAUGCGGGCAGCGUGGCCCCGGCCCCCCAGAGCCUCAGGAGGGCAACACGGUGGCUGGCGAGUGGCCGUGGCAGGCCAGUGUGAGGCGGCAGGGGGUCCACAUUUGCAGCGGCUCCCUGGUGGCGGACACCUGGGUCCUAACUGCAGCCCACUGCUUUGAAAAGGCGGCAGUGACUGAACUGAACUCCUGGUCAGUUGUUCUGGGAUCUCUGCAGCGUGAGGGGCUAAGCCCAGGGGCUGAGGAGGUGGGGGUGACUGCUCUGCAGCUGCCCAGGGCCUAUAACCACUAUAGCCAGGGCUCAGACCUGGCCCUGUUACAGCUUGCCCACCCCAUGGCCCACACACCCAUCUGCUUGCCCCAACCUGCCCAUCGCUUCCCCUUUGGGACCUCCUGCUGGGCCACUGGCUGGGAUCAGGAUAUCAGUGAUGGUAAGUGCUGGCCCAGACUACAGCCCAGAGAGGAAUGUGCCCAGGGUCACACAGCUUCAGCUGCCAACUGUCCCCGUUCCCUGUCUCCCUUGCUCUGCAGAGCCCAGACUCUGGUCCCAACCCCUUCUCUUUUGCCAGCUCCCAGGACCCUACGGAAUCUGCACCUGCGUCUAAUCAGCCGCCCUACGUGUAACUGUCUCUACAAUCGGCUGCACCAGCGGCUGCUGGCCAGCCCAGCCCGGUCUGGGAUGCUGUGUGGGGGUCCCGAGCCCGGGGUGCAGGGGCCCUGUCAGGGAGAUUCCGGGGGCCCGGUGCUGUGCCGCGAACCUGAUGGACACUGGGUUCAAGCUGGGAUCAUCAGUUUCGCAUCAAGCUGUGCCCAGGAAGACACUCCUGUGCUGCUGACCAACAUGGCUACUCACAGCUCCUGGCUGCAGGCUCGAGCUCAGGGGGCAGCCUUCCUAGCUCAGGACCCUGAGACCCCGGAGAUCAGUGAUGAGGACAGCUGUGUAGCCUGUGGAUCCUUGAGGAGAGAAGGCCCCCGGGCAGGAGCUCCCUCCCCAUGGCCCUGGGACGCCAGGCUGAAGCACCAAGGGAAGCUGGCCUGUGGCGGAGCCCUAGUGUCAGAGGAGGUGGUGCUGACUGCUGCCCACUGCUUCAUUGGGCGCCAGACCCCAGAGGAAUGGACUGUAGGCCUGGCAGCUGAAUCAGAGGAGCGGGGCCUGAAGCAAGUCAUCCUGCAUGGGGCAUAUACCCACCCGGAAGGGGGCUACGACGUGGCCCUCCUGCUGCUGGCCCAGCCCGUAACACUAGGUCCCAGCCUGCGGCCCCUCUGCCUGCCCUAUGAUGACCACCGCCUGCCCGAUGGGGAACGCGGCUGGGUCCUGGGGCUAGCCCGCCAAGGAGCAGGCACCAGUUCCCCUCAGACAGUGCCUGUGACCAUCUUGGGGCCCAAGGCCUGUAGCCGCCUGCAUGCGGCCCUUGGGAGCGACAGCAUCCCCAUUCUGUCAGGGAUGGUGUGUACCAGUGUUGUGGGUGAGCCGCCCGGCUGCGAGGGCCUGUCGGGGGCACCGCUGGUGCACGAGGUGAGGGGCACGUGGUUCCUGGCUGGGCUGCACAGCUUCGGCGAUGCCUGCCAAGGCCCUGCAAGACCUGCUGUCUUUGCGGCGCUCCCCACCUAUGAGAACUGGGUCAGCAGUUUGGACUGGCAGGUCUACUUCGCUGAGGAGCCAGAGCCUGAGAUUGAGCCUGGAAGCUGCCCUGUGAACACGAGCCAACCAGCCGGCUGUUGACAGGUGGCUCUGGGACGCCGCAGUUACAGGGAAGCAAUUCCCACAUCUCUUUCCCCAUGCUCUUACCCCAUCCCCCUGACGCACACACAACCAGGCAGGCCCAAAGGUGGGCACAAUGGGCUCUAGGAAGGAGCCCACCCCGACCCGCAGCUGCCCCUGCUCCCCACCCUGCAGGACAGGGAGACGAGGCCUGUGGGUGCUCCCCCACACCCAGCUCUGCAGUCCAACACAGGCAUCCCCAGCUUUCCCUAUUCCUCAUCCCCUCAGAAACAAUCACACCAGCCUCAUACUUUGAAAAUUUCUUUUUUUGGGGGGAGCAAUUUUCCUGUUUUUUUUUUAAACUUAAAUAAAUUGUUACAAAAUAGAUUUUA